CAGAGGAAGGACGUGGACUAAAUCGUGUUUGCAGGAACUGGAGAAGUCUGGACCCAGAAAUGGCAUCGCCGGAGGAAUUCUUUGCAGCGAGCCGUGAACAGCAACUCUGGUCUGUUUGUCCAACUCAUACUGAAACAGAAGAAAAACGCUGAAGCUGCUGCUGCUGUCCUGCAGCUGUUUGAGGCAUCCCCAAGAUCCAGUAUGUUCCAGCUGCUGGACCCUCAGAUGUCAUGUGCUUCAGACACUACAAUGCAGGAGAGGUUCUAAUGGGGAGGACGAUGGAGGACUGGCUGAGGUUCUCCGUCUGUUACUGGCACUCCUUCUGUGGAACUGGUGCUGAUCCGUUCGGGUUUCCAACCUUCCAGCGGCCCUGGAAUCAAGGGACCCCCAUGGAAUCAGCCAAGAAGCGACUCCACGCUGCAUUUGAGUUCUUCACCAAGCUUGGUGUGAAGUAUUACACGUUUCAUGACAGAGAUAUGGCCCCUGAGGGCUCCACAUUGGAGGAGUCCAACAGGAAUCUGGAUGAAAUCACAGAUAUGGCUCUGAAGCUGCAGAGCCAGACUGGAAUCAAGGUGCUGUGGGUCACCUGCAACCUCUUCACCCACCCAAGGUAUAUGAACGGUGCAGCCACCAACCCAGACGGCCAUGUUCUGGCCUACGCUGGUGCUCAGGUGAAGAAGGGUUUGGAUAUUGCCGAGAAGUUGAGUGCAGAAAACUUUGUGUUCUGGGGAGGCAGAGAAGGUUUCCUCUCCAUCCACAACACUGAUGUCGCUGCUGAACUGAAGCACAUGGCCAGCUUCUUCAAAAUGGCCGUCAAGUACAAAGAGAAGAUUGGGUUGAAGUGUCAGUUUCUUAUUGAGCCCAAACCUAAGGAGCCCUGCAAGCACCAGUACGACUACGAUGCUAUGAGUGUUAUAGGAUUCCUUAAGCAUUAUGGUCUGGAGAGUCACUUUAAGUUGAACAUUGAGCCCAACCACACCACCCUGGCAGGACACUCCUAUGAACAUGAUGUCGUCAUGGCUUCUGCUUUUGGCAUGCUGGGUUCUGUUGACUCAAACACUGGUUCUCCUGACUUGGGAUGGGACACCGAUCAGUUCCCCAUGGACAUCAGGAACACCACCUUGGUCAUGAAGACCAUCAUUGAACAAGGUGGCCUGCAGCCAGGAGGCCUGAACUUUGAUGCGAAGGUUCGCCGGGAGUCCACUGAUCUUGAGGACCUUUUCAUCGCUCAUAUUGGAGCUAUGGACGCCUUCGCAAGAGGACUCAGAAAUGCUGUUCGCAUCAUUGAGGACGGGCUUCUAGCUGGUAUGCUGAAGGAGCGAUACUCAAGUUUCCAUCAUGGCCUUGGACAGAAGGUAGAGGAUGGUUCUGCCACCUUAGAGGAGAUGGAGGCUUUCAUCAAGCAGAACGGUGAACCGAAAGUAACUUCAGGAAAGCAGGAAAAAUAUGAGACCAUCUUUAAUCACUACAUUUAAUAAAAACAUUGUCUCUCUG